GGUGAGGGAAACGCAAAAUGGCGGACGGAGAGCUGAACGUGGACAGUCUGAUCAGCCGAUUACUGGAGGUACGAGGAUGUCGCCCGGGGAAGAUUGUGCAGAUGACAGAGGCAGAAGUGCGAGGGCUCUGUAUAAAGUCUCGUGAGAUCUUCCUGAGUCAACCAAUCCUGUUGGAGUUGGAAGCCCCAUUGAAGAUCUGCGGUGAUAUCCAUGGACAGUACACAGAUUUACUGCGGUUGUUUGAAUAUGGUGGCUUUCCGCCAGAAGCCAAUUACCUCUUCCUGGGGGAUUAUGUGGACAGAGGGAAGCAGUCGCUGGAAACCAUCUGCCUGCUGCUGGCAUAUAAAAUCAAAUAUCCAGAAAAUUUCUUCCUUCUCAGAGGAAACCAUGAGUGUGCGAGCAUCAACCGGAUCUACGGCUUCUAUGAUGAAUGCAAACGGAGAUUUAACAUAAAACUUUGGAAGACUUUUACAGACUGCUUCAAUUGCCUGCCUAUUGCUGCCAUUGUGGAUGAAAAGAUUUUCUGUUGCCAUGGAGGUCUAUCACCAGAUCUCCAGUCCAUGGAACAAAUCCGCAGAAUCAUGAGACCAACAGAUGUUCCAGACACCGGGUUGCUCUGUGACUUACUGUGGUCGGAUCCAGAUAAAGAUGUCCAAGGCUGGGGCGAGAAUGAUCGUGGCGUUUCCUUCACAUUCGGGGCAGACGUCGUUAGUAAAUUCCUGAAUCGCCACGAUCUAGAUCUGAUCUGUCGGGCCCAUCAGGUGGUAGAAGAUGGGUAUGAAUUCUUUGCCAAGCGUCAGCUGGUCACCCUCUUCUCUGCUCCAAAUUACUGUGGCGAGUUUGAUAAUGCUGGGGGCAUGAUGAGUGUCGACGAGACCCUAAUGUGCUCUUUUCAGAUUUUGAAACCAUCCGAAAAGAAAGCAAAAUACCAAUACGGGGGAUUGAACUCUGGCCGCCCAGUGACGCCUCCUCGGACAGCCAAUCCUCCAAAGAAGAGGUGAAGCGGAUCCCUGUAGGAUGAAGCACCAUGUGAUCUCCAUCAAGACAAACUCCACCUUAUAAUAAGUGUGCACUGUAAAAUCACCCAGCCAUUCUGAUCCCCUUUUACAAUAUCACAUGCAUUUACCUUCAUGAGACAGGUAAAAGAUUCCCAGCUA